AUGCAGGGUAUGCUCAUCCAGGCAAUCGGUGAUACCGCCAUGGCGGAUGACAUUGACCGGGCUCUUCGUGUUGGGACUAUUUAUGUCAUAAGAGAAUUUGGUCUGAAUACAGCGAGGAAUUUCUAUCGUGCAUGCUCCUUUACAUUGAUUAUGAAUAUCACCAGAGCAACAACUUUCCAGGAGUGUUCUCUGCCAGCACUAGACUUCCCUACUUAUUCUUUUGAGAUUUACCCAUUCAGUGAGCUUUCGAAGCGUAGCGGGUUCCACCGCAUCCUCACAGGUCUUCCUCGACUAUCUGUUGUGCUUUUGUGUUCGUUGUCGGGGCAGCGGGUCUCGAUUACUCUUUGGAAUAACCUUGCUGGGUCCCUGGAUCGUGUUGCUUUGAUCCAAGCGGAUGCCAUUGAGCCAGUCAUUAUCGCUGUUGGGAGUCUCUUGGUUGGCCGGAAAAUGGGGAGUGAAUAUAGUUGUUCCAGCUCAUCAGGGACCCGAAUAUCAGUUAGCCCUCGCAUACCUGAAGCAUACCACCUGGCCACUGUCUUUGGCGGCCCAAGGAUCCCUGUGGCGGAGCUACCAGUGCAGUUUGCUACACCGGAAGAAGCUGUCACUGAUGCAGCGAGUAGGACAAAGACCAUUGCUGAACUGCUUGAACUCCACCAUCGUGGUGCUUCUUCGGAUGCAAAGCACUUUUGCAGCGGGAUAAUCAAAUCUGUUGAUUCCCACACCCCGUGUUAUAAAAUUCAGCUCACUUUGAGAGAUGUGACAAAUGAGGCUCCUUUCAUAGUAUUUGGUUCGUGUGGUAACAGUUUGGUCUUCACUUCUGCUCCGCUCUUGGCUCAGAGGUACCCUCAUAGGGCGGGUCAGCUUCCACCGGAGUUGAGUGCUCUACAUGGGCAGUAUGUCAAAUUUGAGGCUAAGCUGCCAAUGAUUGAAGCUAAUGGGGUGUCGACUGGGGAAUUUAGAGUUUUGCGUGUGAUUCCUCAGCAGAAUCAUCAGAUCCAGGCUGCUGCCCCCCUUCAAAUUCAGAGCACGGUGAAUGCCUCUCGCAUUUCUCAGCCUCUCCUUGACAUUGGCCAUCAACCUGGACCAGUUUCUGAUGUUGCAGCUUUGAAGCAGUCAAGUGGGCAAUGUUCCGAGUCCUCUCCAUCAAGUUCUUCUAAAGGAAAGGAGAAAUUCUCGGGUCUGUUGUUGUCUGGGACCUGCAAACCUAUUUUCCGCGUUGGCCAAUUUGUGCAGGAGCCACAAAGGUUAUGUUUUGUUGCAUCCUUUUUCCAAUCGCAUGGAUCGGUUUUCAUUAAUGAAAGGGUUGCAAGUCCAGAGAGAAAGGUUGUUUCUGAGGUUCACUCAACAGCACCAGGCGUUGUCCCACUGAAUUCUACCAUUCCCCGCAAAGAAACUGGUGAUUCGACCAACACUGCUGUGGGGGAAAAUGUCACAAUUGCAUAUACAGGUUCACUAAAAUCCGUAGCUAAUAAUAGCACUGCAAAGCUGAAAGAUCCAACAACAGUAUCCAUGGCUCUUGGGACCUCUACUGGGCAAGACUCCUCGAAUAUCUCAGAUUCUGUUGCUGCAGGCUCUGGGACUCCUCAAAGUAAGGUUACUGCAUCCCCAUCAUCAAUUGUGCCUAUGUCAUCAUCGACACCACCUUUUUCAUCGCCGUCAGCGUCUCUGCUGGUCUCUCCAUUAGCAAAGGUGAAGGUGGAAAAGCUAGAUGCUUCUGAGCUGAAAAGUUCCAAUGUUGAUGCACAGGGAUCUGUUCCUUUUUCAAUUGGGAAUUCAGGGUCACCACAGGGAAAGCGUACUUCUGUGAAGCGCCGCCUUUAUGAACCCUAA